AUGGCCCUGCACAUGCAAAAUCCAGCCGUCCAUUUUAAGCAAGAUUACACGUGGACUGAUCCAGAAAAAUAUAUUAUUAAUGGCGAUCAAUGCCGAUCGCGGAUUGGUUUUUUAAUUGGCAGUGGUGGUGGUGGUUCGUCGAUUAGAAGGAGCUUGAAGAUGAAAGCCGAUGCGAAGAAAACGAACGUGGAAACGGUGAACGGGAAGAGAGUUAAUGGAGUUGUUCGUGUCGAUGAUCGUGAUCAAAAUGAUGGGAUUAAAUUUAUUGAAAAUGGGACUAGUAAUAAUAUGGAUUUAUCGAAAAAUAUUGGAGAAAAUAAUAAUAAUGUGAUGAAUAAUGGGUACUUGCUCGGAAGAUUUGCGGAGGAUCGGUUUGUUUUCCGGCAAUCGUUCGUUAUUAGGUCUUACGAAAUCGGUCCCGAUAAAACUGCCACCAUGGAAACCCUAAUGAAUCUCCUCCAGAUAUUUAUUUCGGCACGUGCAAAUAAAUUGGUGCAGGAGACGGCACUGAAUCAUGUAGCGAAUUCCGGAGUGGCCGGAGACGGUUUCGGGGCGACCCGUCAGAUGAGCAUCCGGAAACUGAUUUGGGUCGUCACUCGAAUACAAGUACAAAUUGAAAAAUACAGCUCUUGGGGAGAUGUUGUGGAAAUAGAUACAUGGGUUGAUGCAGCCGGUAAAAACGGAAUGCGCCGCGACUGGAUUAUUCGAGAUUAUAACACCCGAAAAAUCAUUACUCGAGCUACCAGUACAUGGGUGACUAUGAACAGAGAAACAAGAAGGUUGAGUAAAAUCCCAGAUGAAGUAAAAAAUGAGCUUCUGCCCUUUUACCUCAAUAGAGCUGCCAUUGCUACAGAAAAUACCGAUCGAGAAAAGAUCGAAAAACUCACCGAUGAUACUGCUGAAAGAAUUCGAACAGGCCUAGCUCCCCGAUGGAGCGACAUGGAUGCAAAUCAACACGUAAACAACGUCAAAUACAUCGGAUGGAUUUUGGAGAGUGUGCCGAUAAAUGUUCUAGAAGAUUAUAAUAUGACGAGCAUGACGUUGGAAUACAGGCGUGAAUGCAGACAGUCAAACGUACUUGAAUCCUUAACAACAAUUAAACCUCGAACGAAAACAAAUGAUUUAGAAUGCACGCAUUUGCUUCGUAUGGAAGAUGACAAUGCUGAGAUCGUUCGAGCGAGAUCGGUGUGGCAGGUCAAGAAAAAAUAGAUUAUAUCUUUUUUUUAUUUUUUUUUGCAGCUAAGUAGUAGUUGGUUAAUAUAUAUCAAUGAUUUUUAAUUUGUUUGCAUUUGCCGACUCUGUUGUAAUUUAAUUUUUGAAUUUUUGUUAGGAGUGGAAGUUUGAUUUAUGUUCUUUAUAAUUUAUUUGGCUUAUAUGUACUUGUAAACUUUCACAUUAAGCUGGCUUUGAACUUAAAUAACAGAGCUUCUAUUUAAAUUA